ACGCUCACCCUCAGGCUGAAGGACCGUGACGUCACAAUCGAGCUUCUCGCCCCCUGGCCUGGCCCCCUGACUGGGAUUGGCUGAUUUGGAUGAGGGUGGUGAUGGAGAAGGGCGGGAACAAAUCGCACAAAGGAAGAGUCUUUAGGUGGAACAAAGGAAAGGGGCGAGUGGAGGGACUUCCAGCCCGAGUCUCGAUUCCACCCGCCGCGGCUCGGGAGCAGAGGAGAAGGGGACCCGGCACUCUGCCGGAGCACCCCUGGCCGGCCCUACGUGGGGGCGGGGCUAGGGGCGCGGCUAGUGGAGCCGGGAGGCGGGGCGGGAUCGCUGAGAGCGGCCCCCGGGUGGGGCCUCGGAGAAGGUGGAGUCCCUAGGGGCUACUGGCGGCCUCAGCCGGGACUCCCCUGGAGGGGCAGCGGGAGGAGUGCCCCGAGCGGUGAGAGAAAUCGAGGCAGGCGCUGGGCAGCCUUCCGGAGUAGUCUUGUUUCACGGUUCUAGGCCCCUAGUGCUCUCAGAAGGCAGUUUAACUCGCAGUACUGGUGCAAGCUGGCGCUCCACGGGGAUAGUUGUCCUUGGUUCCGGGCCCAGUCAGCACCCAGGGGAGGUUGCCAGCCACAGCCUUGGGUCUGGCACGAACCCUGGUGGAUUCAACACCCUCGGGCCUAGAACCAGUGUAUCCAGGGCGCCAGCAGGGCAAGAGGUAAACAGCCCUGGGUGCAGUCCGCACUCUGGGUCAACUUGCUUGAACCCCCAAAAGUCCCAAGUGGAUUGGCCCCGGAGCAUCCUGCGAAAGAACAGCUCCAACUUGAGCUGAACCCCUCAUGUGGAGAACCCCAGAAAGAAGUCUCGGCACUGGGAUGAGAUGAAUAUCCUGGCCACCUACCACUCUGCUGACAAGGACUAUGGAUUUAUGAUAGUGGAUGAGCCCAACACUCCCUACCACAGGCUGCAGGACAGUUUUGAGGACCUCUUUGCCAGUUCCUCCCACUCAGUGAAUCCCGAGGUGCUAGCAGAGAGGAUUGCCACAAUGGACAAUGGCUGCCCCAAGGUCCUCCAGAACUGUGCUGACACGAGCUCAGGGCCUGCAGACAACUUUUCCAAGACAUACUCCACCGACUUUGAAAAGCGCCGCAAAGCACACUAUGCCACAGGGAAGUUUCUCAAGGCUUGGUGGCAGUAUCAGUAUCAGCAGUGGCAGUCAAGAUGUGAUGCUGGACCCAGAGCCCAAGCCUGUGCAGAGAGGCUGGGCAGGAGAACUAGCCAGAGGAGCUAAAGACGAGCCAGGCCUGGCCACCCAGAGGCACAUCUUUAAAGCCCAGGAUUCCUCCACCUACGGAAGUCAGUCCCUGCAAGCUGUGGCCACCAUCAUACUGGGCAGGAGACUGCUCUGCAUCACAAGGAGUAUUAUGGCAAAGGACUAUACCUGAGGUCCUGCUCCCACCCAGAGCUUAUGGAGGACGUGGAAGAUGAGCAUCAGGACGGCUCCGCGCACUGGACCUGCGUGAUUGAGAACCCCAGAAACACUGAAGUCCACCUGCUGGACCACAUAGGAGGCCCCUUUAGGGAUCACAAGGCCCCAGAGAGCUCCCUGAUGGUGACAGUGACAUCACUGCAACCUGUUGAGGGCACCAGGCCACCAUCUCCCUGCUCCUAUCUCUUGGCAAGCUUCCAUUUCCCCAGCCCUCUCCAUUUUUUCAGGCCAGUACAUCAGCAACAGGUGGUAGCAGAAGCCCGGAACAGCAUGGAGUCCAAGGCCCAUAUUAGACAGGAGAGGAACCAGGGAGACUCAGAAGGGGCUGGGACCCCCUCCAGCUUGGCACCACCCACUGGCUCCAUGCCUCCUCCUUGAUUCCUCUCUGCCAUGCCACCUCACUCCAGAUGAAACCCUGGGACUUCGAUGACUCAGGAAGAGGAAACAAAACAAUGGAAAGCGAGGCCAGCUAGGGGCGGAGUGGGGGCACCCUUCCCUUCCUGACCACCCUAGGAGUGGACAAUAAAAAGCAGAAGAACAGGAGUCUGGGACCGUGAAUUGGGUGCCCAGGCUGGGCCUGCUUAUCGUUGAGGAGAGGGGAGGGGGAAGGGGAGUUCACACACAGGAAAGAUGAAUCUGAGGGCAGAGUGAGGAAAGCUGGGGGCGGUCCAGGGUCCUGGACCUCCUCCUCCACAGGAGCCUAGAAUCACGAGAAGGCCCAAGCUGCAGCAGGAUGACAAUGACAGAUGCAGUUAAUUUAGUGAACCAUGAAUUUACUGCUGUUGUCUUCUUCACUUCAUGCAGCACUGGAGGAAGGGAUUAUCAUUCCCAUCUUCCAGGUGAGAAAACUGAGGAAUCAGAGAGCUCCCCCAGGGGCACAUAACUUCUAAGUGACAGAGUCAGGAUUUGAACCUAGAUCUGCCAGGCCCCCAAGACUCAACUACGAAGAGAGAAACAGGCUAGGGCCCCCAGGAGGAAGGAGCUGGCAGAUCGUCUCUGAGGGCGGGGCUGUGGCUUUUCUGAUCUCAGGCCCCCUCCUCCGCCCAGGCCCCGCCCCCGCCCCUCCCAGCACUGCCUGGAAGUGUGGGGUGAGAGCUCCUCCUAGGACACCCCUUUCCCCUUGGGGAAAGAAUUGUGCCCCCCAGGCCCUUCCCCGAGGAGGACCCUCUCCCCUUCUGGGACAGAAAGCGCCUCCACCUGCAUCCCCACUUGCCCGGCCUCCAGGGCCUGCUGGCCCCAUAGCAGGCAAGCUGAGAUGACGGUCAAGCUGGAUUUUGAGGAGUGUCUCAAGGACUCCCCGCGUUUCCGCUUCUAGACAGAGCAGAAGUGGGCGGGAGGAUGAGCGUCUCAGCCCUGCAGCUUUCCCCUCCGCACCCACCACCCUGCGACUCCAUCUCCCGUGAUGAGGCAGACAGACCAGAUGGACCCGGCUCUGUUCCCAUGACGCCCCUCUUUCCCAGAGCCUCUGUUGAGCUGGUGGAAGCCGAAGUGUCGGAACUGGAGACCCGUCUGGAAAAGGUGACCCUGACUUGGAGAGAGUCUUACUCUGUUGCCCAGGCUGGAGGGCAGUGGUGCAAUCUUGGCUCACUGCGACCUUCGUCUCCCGGAUUCAAGUGAUUCUCCACCUCAGCCUCACGAGUAGCUUGGAUUACAGCUCUUGAAGCUGGGCACCGGUCUCCUGGAAAGUGGGCGCCAUUACCUUACCGCUAGCCGCGCCUUCAUUGUCGGCAUUUGUGACCUGGCCCACCUGGGUCCACCAGAGCCCAUGAUGACGGAGUGUCUGGAGAAAUUCACUGUGAGCCUGAACCACAAGCUGGACAGCCAUGCGGAGCUUCUAGAUGCCAUCCAACACACGCUGCAGCAGCAGAUCCAGAUCCUGGUCAAGGAAGGUCUGCGGGGUUUCCGAGAGGCUCGCCGGGAGUUCUGGCGAGGGGCUGAGAGCCUGGAGGCCGCUCUGACUCACAACGCAGAGGUUCCCAGGCGCCGGGCCCAGGAGGCAGAAGAGGCAGGAGCUGCUUUGAGGACGGCUCGAGCUGGAUACCGAGGACGGGCACUGGAUUAUGCCCUGCAGAUCAAUGUGAUUGAGGAUAAGAGGAAGUUUGACAUCAUGGAGUUUGUGCUGCGUUUGGUGGAGGCCCAGGCUACCCAUUUCCAGCAGGGCCAUGAGGAGCUGAGCCGGCUGGCCCAGUAUCGCAGGGAGCUGGGCUCCCAGUUGCACCAGCUGGUCUUGAAUUCAGCACGAGAGAAGAGGGACAUGGAGCAGCGACACGUGCUUUUGAAACAGAAGGAGCUGGGUGGGGAGGAGCCAGAACCAGGCUUAAGAGAGGGGCCUGGGGGCCUGGUGAUGGAAGGACAUCUCUUCAAACGGGCCAGCAACGCAUUUAAGACCUGGAGCAGACGCUGGUUCACCAUUCAGAGCAACCAACUGGUUUACCAGAAGAAGUACAAGGACCCUGUGACUGUGGUCGUGGACGACCUUCGUCUCUGCACAGUCAAACUCUGCCCUGACUCAGAAAGGCGGUUCUGCUUUGAGGUGGUAUCUACCAGCAAGUCCUGCUUCCUCCAGGCUGACUCAGAGCGCCUCCUGCAGCUGUGGGUCAGUGCUGUGCAGAGCAGCAUCGCUUCUGCCUUCAGUCAGGCUCACCUUGAUGACAGCCCCAGGGGUCUGGGCCAGGGCUCGGGACACCUGGCCAUAGGCUCUGCUGCCACCCUGGGCUCUGGUGGAAUGGCCAGGGGAAGGGAGCCUGGGGGAGUCGGGCACGUGGCAGCCCAGGUACAGAGUGUGGAUGGCAAUGCCCAGUGCUGUGACUGCCGGGAGCCAGCCCCGGAGUGGGCCAGCAUCAACCUUGGUGUCACCCUCUGCAUUGAGUGUUCCGGCAUCCACAGGAGUCUUGGUGUUCACUUCUCCAAAGUCCGGUCUCUGACCCUUGACUCAUGGGAGCCAGAACUAGUGAAGCUCAUGUGCGAGCUGGGAAAUGUCGUCAUCAACCAGAUCUAUGAGGCCCGUGUGGAGGCCAUGGCAGUGAAGAAACCAGGGCCCAGCUGCUCCCGACAGGAGAAAGAGGCCUGGAUUCAAGCUAAAUAUGUGGAGAAGAAGUUCCUGACCAAGCUGCCUGAGAUUCGAGGGCGAAGAGGUGGCCGGGGGCCCCCAAGAGGGCAGCCUCCUGUGCCCCCGAAGCCUUCCAUGAGGCCUCGGCCAGGAAGCUUGAGAUCCAAGCCAGAGCCUCCGUCUGAGGAUCUAGGAAGCCUGCACCCUGGCGCCCUGUUGUUUCGAGCAUCUGGGCAUCCUCCAUCUCUUCCCACCAUGGCCGAUGCCCUUGCCCAUGGAGCUGAUGUCAACUGGGUCAAUGGAGGCCAAGAGAAUGCCACGCCACUGAUCCAGGCCACAGCUGCUAAUUCUCUUCUGGCCUGUGAGUUUCUCCUCCAGAAUGGGGCGAACGUGAACCAAGCGGACAGUGCUGGCCGGGGCCCGCUGCACCACGCAACCAUCCUUGGCCACACAGGGCUCGCCUGCCUGUUCCUGAAACGGGGGGCUGAUCUGGGGGCUCGAGACUCUGAAGGCAGGGAUCCUCUGACCAUCGCCAUGGAAACAGCUAAUGCUGACAUCGUCACCCUGCUACGACUGGCAAAAAUGAGGGAGGCUGAAGCGGCCCAGGGCCAGACAGGAGAUGAGACGUAUCUAGACAUCUUCCGAGACUUCUCUCUCAUGGCGUCAGACGACCCGGAGAAGCUGAGCCGGCGCAGUCACGACCUCCACACUCUGUGACCCCGCGCCUCCCUCUCCUCCCUUCCCCACCACCGGGCCCUCCGCCAUUAAAGCCACUGUGCUUCGCUCUUC